UAACUAUGUAUAUUAAAACGUUAUUUUGGCGCGUAAAGUCUGCAUUGCUUACAGAGAACUAAGAAAAGAAACAUGAAGAUAUUAGGUUGGUUAAUAACAUUUACAAUGAUUUACUCACAUUGUAUGUGUUGUGAGAAGUCUUCCAGACCACGACCUUACCAUGCUAACACUGCAAAAGUACCAUCAUGGGCGAAAGUGAUUUGUCAUUUAUAUAAAGAUAAAUGUAUAUGUACAGAGAUACAAAACCUACCAGUGAAGAGAAGUGUGAGGGAAAACACGAUUGAAAUCAUUGGUGAUGCAUGUGACUUCCACACUUAUGAUAGCGACGGUAAUGGAGAGAUUACAAAGAUGGAGCUUAUAGCUAUCUUCAAAAGACAUGAUUUGAGCCAACGUCUCUUCCAGGGCAUGGAUAACAAUAAAGAAGACGGGGUCAUUACCUUUAGCGAGUUCUAUGAGACAGCACCACGGUACAUACAAGGGUGUUGGAAGGAGAAAGAGAAUAACUAGAGCUGUCAGUCGGAAAAAUAUUGUUUUUCAUGUAAUGUGUGCUUAGAAAUUAUUUCAUACAAAAAAGCAGCUAGUAAACCCUCUGACAUUAUACAAUUUACUGUUCAUAUUGGACCCAAUCUCGUCUGUAUUCGAUAUGUGAGAUAUAGUGUUUGUUUGUUUGUUUGUUUGUUUGUUUCACAAAAUUUCCAUUUUCUCAUUCAGUGUCGUAUAACUAUACCGCUUUGAUAAAAUAGAAUCAGAGUUUUUAAGCAUGCAAACACAUUUCUUCUUGUUCAGUUUAAUGUUUAAAAAUUAAAGUAUAAUGUAUAAUUAAUUCCAACAUACCAGUAUGAAAGAACUAGUUUUGAGCCGCGUCACGACAAAACCAACAUAAUGGGUUUGCGACCAGCAUGGAUCCAGACCAGCCAGCGCGGAUGCACAGUCUGACCAGGAUCCAUGCUGUUCGCUUUCCAACCCUAUUACAAGUAGAGAAACUGAUAGCAAACAGCAUGGAUCCUCAUCAGACUGCGCGGGUGUGCAGGCUGGUCUGGAUCCAUGCUGGUCGCAAAUGCACUGUGUUGGUUUUGUCAUGACGCGGCUCAUUUGUAUAUCGGUAUUUCUUUUAGAGCAAAUUGUGUAUGUGUGGACGUAACACCAAACGGUUCAAACAUUUUCCUUAAAUUGCAGCAUAAUACACGUACAUUGAUGUUGUUUCUGAACAUUUGUUCUGUUCACAAGCAAUUUUUAUUAAUGGGUGGGCUUUAUAACAGUAAUAUUCUAUGUAAGACUUCUUUCGAACAUCUAUCAUAAGAUUCUGAAGCUUUUACCAUUUAUAAUGUGCAUAUUAAGAUAAAUAUUUUUUUUAUGCAAUUUGCUGUGUAUGGUUGUUGGAUUAUAUGGUCUUACAAUAAAGGGAUUACGUAUGAUAGCGAGAUACCUCUUUUCCCUUAUUCUGUAUUCUGUCGUGCAAUUACAUUUAUGUUUUACAUUU